AAUUUCUACUAUUUUUAAUUUUCAUCCACGUGAAAAGAAAAAAAAUAAAAAAAAAUAAUAACAGUACCUUGUAAUAAUAGUUUUUGUUUUUGAGGUUUUGACUUCAACAAGGAUCUAUCGUUCAUUUCUUUCUUCACCGUUUUGUUUCUCUUCAGAUGGCAAGUGGGUUUGGGGAAUCAACAAGCAGGUCACCCCCAAGCCCUCCUUACUCAAGCAAUAAUAAUAACAGUGAUGCCGGCAAUUUUGAAUGCAACAUUUGUUUUGACUUAGCACAAGAUCCUAUUAUUACUUUGUGUGGUCAUCUUUUCUGUUGGCCUUGUCUUUACAAAUGGCUUCACUUUCACUCACAGUCACGAGAAUGCCCGGUUUGUAAAGCGAUGAUUGAGGAGGAGAAAUUGGUUCCUUUAUAUGGGAGAGGAAAGACGUCAACCGAUCCGAGAUCGAAAUCUGUUCCUGGUGUUAAUAUCCCUCAUCGUCCUGCCGGUCAGAGACCUGAAACUGCACCUCCACCUGAAUCAAAUCCUUUUUCUCAACAUGGAUUUGGAUUCACAGGUGGAUUAGGUGGAUUUGCACCAGCAACAACUGCAAGAUUUGGGAAUUUCACAUUUGCUGCAGGAUUUGGUGGAUUGGGGGGAUUUAUACCAUCCUUAUUUAACUUUCAGUUGCAUGGUUUUCACGGUGGGGCCAUGUAUGGUGGAGCUGCUGGUUUCCCUUACGGGUUUUCUAAUGCAUUUCACGGUGGCCAUGUUCAUAGAUAUCCUCUACACACAGGUCAAGGGCAACAAGAUUAUUAUCUGAAGAGGCUGCUGAUGUUUGUUAUUUUUUGUGUGGUACUUGCUUUACUUUGGCAAUAGAUUGAAUAGAGUUCAGACUGCCGAUAUAACCAAACAUAAGCUCUUAUCGAUCUUUCAGUGUGCCUUCUCUUUAUAUUAUUAUUUUGUAACUGUGGAGGUUGUUCAUAUUAUACUCUGUUGUUAGUUUGUUACUCUUGUAGUCCUCUCUAAUUAGUUUAUCGAUCUUGAUAUGCGUCCUUAUGGAAAAUUUCAUUUCAAGAUCAUAAAAUCAAAUGCAGAUAUAGAUGUUAGUUUGAUGAUUAUAUACUCAUGAUAUAUACUAUGAGAUGGUUAUUGAAAUUUUA